CCCAGGUCAGGCUUUCCUCUCUCCCAUCACCACACAUCCAGGAACCACUACCUUCAAUAACUACGUCCUUUCAUAGAUUCACUUGUUCUCAGUUAGAAUACUGGGAACUUUGAGUCUAUAUUCUUUUCUGGUAAUCCAUUUUUUACCGAGACUUCUGCAGCACUCGACGAGUCGCCUGCGGAUUUUUCCCUCGAUACCCCACCAUCACCUUCUGAAUUUCUAGAUCUAAGCCGGGCUUGGAUCUGGAAAUCUUUGCGAACACUACUCGCAAUCAUGGCUACUGACAAGGGACUCGAGGAUGUCCCCGAGGGACAGAUCGAGUCGAACUACGAUGAGACGGUCGAUUCUUUUGACGACAUGAGCCUCAAGGCCGAGCUGCUUCGCGGUAUCUAUGCCUACGGUUUCGAGCGCCCCUCUGCUAUCCAGCAGCGCGCUAUCAUGCCGGUCAUCAAGGGCCACGAUGUCAUUGCUCAGGCCCAGUCCGGUACUGGCAAGACCGCUACUUUCUCCAUUUCGGUCCUGCAAAAGAUCGACCCGAACGUCAAGGCGUGCCAGGCGCUUAUUCUUGCUCCUACCCGUGAGCUUGCGCAGCAAAUUCAGAAAGUCGUCGUUGCUAUCGGUGACUUCAUGAACAUCGAAUGCCACGCCUGCAUUGGUGGCACUAGCGUCCGCGACGACAUGAAGGCCCUUCAGGAGGGCCCCCAGGUGAUUGUUGGCACCCCCGGCCGUGUCCACGACAUGAUUCAGCGCCGCAUUCUCAAGACGGACAGCAUGAAGAUGUUCGUCCUUGACGAGGCCGAUGAGAUGCUUUCGCGUGGUUUCACCGAGCAAAUCUACGACAUUUUCCAGCUGCUGCCGCAGUCUACCCAGGUCGUCCUACUUUCUGCCACUAUGCCCCAGGACGUUCUUGAGGUCACCACCAAAUUCAUGCGCGACCCUGUCCGCAUCUUGGUCAAGAAGGACGAGCUUACCCUCGAGGGUAUCAAGCAAUUUUACAUUGCCGUCGAAAAGGAGGACUGGAAGCUCGACACCCUCUCGGAUCUCUACGAGACCGUCACCAUCACCCAGGCUGUCAUCUUCUGCAACACGCGCCGCAAGGUCGACUGGCUUACCGAGAAGCUCACCGCCCGCGACUUUACUGUCUCGGCCAUGCACGGUGACAUGGAUCAGGCUCAGCGUGACCUGAUUAUGAAGGAGUUCCGUUCCGGCUCCUCGCGUGUCCUGAUCGCCACCGAUCUCCUGGCCCGUGGUAUCGACGUCCAGCAGGUCUCCCUGGUUAUCAACUACGACCUCCCCGCCAACCGGGAGAACUACAUCCACCGCAUCGGUCGUGGCGGUCGUUUCGGUCGUAAGGGUGUUGCUAUCAACUUCGUUACCGCCGAUGACGUGCGCAUGAUGCGCGAGAUUGAGCAGUUCUACAGCACCCAGAUCGAGGAGAUGCCCAUGAAUGUGGCCGACCUGAUUUAAGCGACCUUCUCGACUCAGACAUCAUAUACUCUUUCUCAGCACACCUCAACACAUUCCCAUUCCAUCCGCAUCGACAACCUAUACAGCACCGGAGAGGGACGUGCUGCGGUCUUCUGGUAGAAAGAGGAGGGGGCUGCGCGGCUGUAGGCGUUUCUUUUUUCGCUCUUUUUGUGGGGGGCGUGGCAUCUGGUUGUCAUCCACAAAAGCUCUGAUAGUUGAUAGGGGUUUUGGCGCCUGCACCUUAAUUAGUGAACGGUGUGAGCGCUACGGUGUCUAUCAAGGAAGGCUGGUCUGCUCUUUUUUUCUCUAGUUUUGCCGGCUUUUCAGUGCCAUAUGUACGCAGAGUCAGGGAGGUUACCAAAAUGCGACGUAGACUGAUACCACGACUACAUGAACCGGGCGGUUGCCUGA